GUAUCCUGGCACGAUCUCGGUAUUCUUUCGAUACCACGAGAGCGCCAGCAAAUAUAUCUCGCCUUGGUCCAUUAAAUGACUUCUGAUGUUUCGCUUCCAGGGGAUUUUAUGGAUAUCCUGGCAAUCGUUCCAUUGUAGUGGUGUUUAUAGUCAAUUACGACUGGAAUCCUCGCUACAAGUUAAUUGCAUGUCACGGACUGAUCUGUGUGUUAGUGGUAGCUGACUGUUUUUUUGUAGCCAGUCUAUUUAUUACAUUUUCGUAAUAACGUACUUAGUGUUGCGCGGUCCUUAAAAUGGCCAUAGUACUCGGAUAUGAUGAAAGGGUAUUGAGCGAUAAGCACUAGCCGUGCAAUGUGACUUCGAUGUAAGUUGGUUAGUUGCAUCUUGCUCGUCUCACUCUAUUAGGCUCCCAACAAUUCAACAGACAUCACGUAUGUUGGUGAUCUAAAGUCAAUGAAAACUCAGGCAUUUUUGGAGACAGCAUAUUGUUUUCACAAAUACCCAAGAAACCGUCUUGCACCUAUCUUUAUCUACGCUUAUUCUCGUUUAUAGUAUCCACUUGUCGUUACUAAAAACACUUAUGAUCUGGAGUGUUCAAUUUCUGUGAGUAACGAAAACAUUUAACAGGAUGAUUGCGCUGAAGUUUUGUGGCUCAGUGAAUUGAAGAUUUCCAGGGUUUUUUCCUGAAAAUAUUGUUCAGUGUACUUUAUUAUUGGAAUCCGAAAAAUUCCUCUACGAAGCGCGGUAUUUCGAGAGUGUGCGGUAUCAGAGAGGUUGUUGUGACCUCGUGCAGGCAGUUAUCCCCUCCAUCUAAACACCUGUUUCUCCUUUUGAUAUCUUUAGCUUAGUGAAAAAAAAUGAAUCCUCAUCGAUUUUCGUGUAAUGUUUGCAAUAUAUGGUGUGACACUGAGAAUGUCCUACGAGCUCAUGAAACGGGGAGAAAACAUCGCUCUAAAUGUCUUGCUUUAGACAGUUUAAACAUAGUGGAUCAUAUUAAUUAUCCCCUAAAAGUUUCCUUACCAACACUAGUUACUCCUGAUUCGGGCUCACCGAAAGAUUCAUUCUUAGAUACCACCACUUAUUCUACAGGGCCAACGAGAAAUUCAAUCUAUGAUCAAGAAUCCUCUUCAUACGUAGGUUUCAUUGAUUCUAGUUCAAAUUGGACAAAGUCAGACCAGUUAUCUUCAGCUUCCGAAAUUUCCUUUACCUGCAACUUAUGCGGUAUACAUAUGAAUUCUUCAGAUCAAUAUACUUCUCACCUUCGUGGUCGAAAACAUCAGAGUAAAAUAAAUCUUAAUUCAGUUUCCAGUCUGUCUUCAAGCGAUACAGCAAUGUCACCAUCAAGUGACGAAAGCUCGACUUCUGUUUUUUAUCAGUGCAAUAUUUGUCAAUUUGUAAUAUUCAGUUCAAUGAAACUGAAACAUUUGGAGUCAGAAGAGCAUCAACUGAAUGUUCGCAAGUUAAGAGAAAAAUCAGUAUCAUCAAGUCCACGUGUAGACAACUCUCACCUACGUAAAUUUAAACGAUCUUGUCGAGAGGUCUUAGUACCCGUAUAUGGAUCAAUCAAGUUCACAUCUGCUGAGGCUAAGCUUUUGGAGAAUUCAGCGAAAGGAGAUCAAGAUUGUGUUUUGUUGUUGGAUUCAUUUGACGGUCGAGAUCGUAUUGCGAUACAUCUGGCAAAUGCAUUACUGAUAGCUAAUAAAAAUCUAUCAACUAUCGACUCGUCAAGUCCUUCUGCUCCUACCUGGGUAGUAUGGGUUCUUCCCAAGACAGAUAGUUCCUUAGCUAACUCGAUUUCUGUAUUUGGAUCUCAAUCAGAUAAUGACAAUAAUACAUCUCAACGUCCUUUAAAAAUUGCUCACUUACCUUGUGAUGUAAAAAAAUUAACACAAGUUGAUUUGAUACUUACAACCUCUGAUUUGUUUGUUGAGCACUUAUCAAUUCUACUAAUGAAACAAGCAUUUAUUUGUGGCAUAAUUAUUCAUGAUGUCGAUGUAGCGUUAAAAAAUGAAGAGUUUUGCAAUCUUCUUCAUCGUUAUCGUCAAGAUUACACAAACCAACAUAAUCGAGGCCGAAUCAUAUGUUUUGGUCGAAUGAAAGUAGAGGAAGACAGCGUUUUUUCGUCGUUCACACAGUACAGUUAAAAAAAGGCACAAAUUCUUAAACAAAUGAAAUAUACAUAGAAAUGUUUAACAAAUUAUUUUAAUCAUAAGAGAAUAAAUAUUUGAACAAUAGAGAUCUGAACCUCUUUUCAAUUUGCUAUUAUUUACAAACUAUUAUCAUCAAACAGAUACAUACUAAUUACAUUUAUUUUCCAUUUUCUUUUUUACUUGUUUCCCGGAAAAAAUAAAAUUGUUAAAUAUCAUUGUUUUCAUUUUAAUCAUGUAUAGAUUUACUUUUUCUCUCAUCUUAUUUUAAGUGAAUAUUAUCAAAUUUUAUAUGUGGAUUGAAUCGCAUAUUUGUUUAUCUGACAUAUUCCACUUCUGAUUGGUGUUAUAUACUACUUAUGUCGAUAUAAGUAGCAUAUUCCACAAUAAUAGUAGUAGUCUUUUGUCAAGUGGUUAAUGAUCAAUUAUUGGUUGUUCACUGAGUAGACGUGAAAAUGUGAAGAAGAAAAUAGUUUUUGUUGUAGAAAAAAAUUGGGAAGCAUUCGAUGACCGUGGUUGAAUAAAUAUGAAUCUGUAUUGUUGAACUACUGAAUUUUCAGUUGUGCAUUUGAUUCUGUUUUGAACGCCUUGUGAUAUCGAUUUAUUUGGCUUGGUAGAUGGUUCUGAUAGAACUGUUUUACUCCAGUGAUGACAAAUUGUUGUAAAAUUAAAUUAUUGAUAUUCAAUCUGUUAAACUUAAUACUCAAAGAGGUUGUUGAAAAAAGUAGUGUGAGGCUAGUAUGAUCUCUGCAAGCACAAGUAACAUUAUAAAAACACAUUUGAGCUUAUUAUGUAAAUCUACAGAUCAG